GAACUUCAGGAGAUAGGCUCAGUUGUCUCUUUGUGCCCCCCGGGGGUAUCGUUUACAUCGCCUGAUAGAAUCUGACCUUACCUUAGACACGAUUUCGGUGUUGUGCGAGAGGUCUGUGAAUGCGCGAGUGAGCGAGACGUGUUAUUAACACGAAGCGAGUGCGGAGUCUCGAGCUGCAGUUCCUCCAUCCCGCGAGGGACGUGGUCAGCGACAGACGAAGCGAAUGGUGUGAAAGGCCCGAGAAACACAGACACGCCUGAGACGUACAGUACUACGGAGCGAGCGUGGAGCUCUAAUCUGCGGUUCCAUUUCUCGGCGACGAGAGCGGCCACAGCCGAGCGAAGCGUGUGACAAUAAUAAUGGGAAAUAAGCUGGGGAAGCAACAAAUAAAAUGCAGCCCCCCUAGGGUGUAUUUUAGCACACUGGAAAGACAUUGGGGGUCCCCCCAAUGGGGAGGGAGUGUGGAUAAAAAGACCCUCAUUAAAUACUGCACACAACGGUGGCCGCUGUAUGGAGAGAAAUGGCCACUGAAUGGGACCCUAAAUUAUAAUACCCUUUUACAACUCACCUUAUUUUUAAGGAGAGAGGGCAAAUGGGAUGAAAUAGUCUAUGAAGACAUAUUUUUCGUUCUCCGCGACCACCCUGAGAUGCAAAAGGAGUGCACUAUUAACUUAGCUCCCCAUGACCCUUUCGUGUUAACCCUGGAAAAGGAUAACUGUAAAGCGGGAGUGGGUAAAAUGAAGAGGUGUUGUUCGUCUUGUUCAAUAGGAUCAAGGUGCCUAAAGUAUAAAGAGGACGAGGACAGAAUGGAGGAUUCUGUAACCCCUAUAGGUGCGUGGGGAAGGGGGCAACAAGAGCAAGAACAGGCAGGGUCACCUCAUCCAUUAGAAGAACCCGAAGCGGCCCCUUUGAGCCCUCCCCCUUCACUCGAGAUCGAAAGAGGGAGAAAGAAAGAACCUGAUACUGAAAAACGAAGGCAUAGCUUCAGACACCCUUCUAGUUCACCUCCUAAAACCAGAGCACGAGACCUUAAGUCUAGGACUGCGUCGUUACGAGAACCAGUAAUUCAGGCACCUUUGAGAGAGGCUGUGGGACCAGCGGGUCCCAUAAAACUCAAGGUACCCCUCUCUAUCGGAGAUUUAGAUGCCUGGAAAUUAGUAGCUAAAGGAUAUCGGGGUGAUCCGGCGGGGGUAGCAAAACGAUUUAAGGCAUUUGUAAAAGCAUUAGAUGUAGAUUGGGAGGAUGUGGAUUUGAUGUUGGACACACUAACAGAUACAGAAAAAGAAUUAGUCCUUAAAACUGCUAGAGAUUACGGAAGAAACAAAAUAAGGGAUGGGGAGGAUAUAAAUGACUAAUUCCCACAGUCGAAACCUCGGUGGGAUUAUAAUGAUACAGACCAUUACCAACUUUUGCGACAAUAUCGGGAAUGGGUGGCAUUCGGGUUGGAAAAUGGGAUACCGAAAACAGUAAACUGGGGUUCUUUAUUUGCUAUUAAACAAAACCCUAUGGAAACCCCUUCUUAGUUCCUCGAUCGACUUUGGGAAGCAAUGCGGAAACGUACCACCUUGGAUCCGUCCGGAGACCAAGGGAAGAUGCAGCUAGUUUCCCUGUUCCUGGGGCAAUCCCUGGAUGAUAUCCGAAGCAAGCUCCAGAGACUGAAGGCUGAGGAACAGCGUGAUAGAGAAAAGUUAUUGGAAGAAGCUUGGCGCGUAUUUCGCAAUAGGAAUGGGAUUGAAAGACGGAAGCUAGGGAAACUCAUUUCUACCGCUACUAUAGCGGCCCUUAGAGAAGAAAGAGGGGGUGCGAAACCCUUUCCACCUCGAAAGAACUCACAGAAUCCACGCUUCCAAACCAGGUUGGGCAUUAACCAAUGUGCAGUACGCAAAAAGGAGGGACGCUGGAAACGAGAUUGCCCACAGAAAGGGAGAAAUGGAAGGGCAAUGGUUGCAGAACUAGAAGAAGGUUAGGGGAAACCGGAGGAUCAGUCCCCAGGGGAUCCUCUGCUUAUGAUGAAGCUGGGGAAUGGGUCACAUGGCAUUGAAUUUUUGGUGGAUACUGGAGCAACCUUUUCUGUGUUAAAUAUGCAAUUAGAAGAAAUAGACCCAGGAUGAUCUAUAAAUGUGGUCGGGGCAACAGGUCAACGACAGGAGGUAUCAUUCAUGAAGCCACUGUCCUUUAAAUUGGGUAAAUCUGUAGGCAUGCAUCAAUUUCUGCACAUGCCCCAAGCACCCAAAUCUCUCAUUGGGAGAGAUUUCUUAGAAAAACUACAAGCGGAAAUUAAAUUCACCCCUGAGGGAAUACAGUUAAAAGUAAAUGAGAAAGAACUAAUUGAAAUUUUGAGUUUAGCUUUACUUACAGAUAAAGAAUCAGAAGAGAUCCCAGACGAAAUUCUGAACCAGGUACAUCCUGGAGUCUGGGCAGGUGGAACCCCCGGGACAGCAAAGACAGCGCAACUGGUAACAGUCAAAUUAAAACCUGGAGUGCCGCCCAUAAGAAUUAAACAAUACCCUCUCAAAUUAGAGGAUCGCAAGGGAAUGAAAACAGUGAUCGAUAAUUUUUUGAAAUUGGGGUUAUUGAUAGAGUGUGAAUCAGAAUAUAACACUCCAAGAUUACCAAUGCAAAAGUCCGACGGUAAAAGCUAUAGAUUGGUACAAGACCUUAGAGCCAUCAAUAAAACAGUGGAAGAUCUCCACCCUGUGGUGGCCAACCCAUAUACACUCUUAACCAGACUUAAAAGAAGAAUAUGUGUGGUUUACUGUUUUAGGUUUGAAAUGACAUGCCUUCUACUGCCCACCCUUAGACCCUGACAGCCAGAAACUGUUUGCCUUCAAGUGGGAGGAUCCUGAAACAGGUAGAAAAUCACAAUUCACCUGGACGGUGCUCCCACAAGGGUUCAAGAACAGCCCUACCAUUUUUGGGAACCAAUUGGCCAAAGAUCUUGAAGGAUGGACGGCUCCCCCAGGAGAAGGGAUUCUUCUACAGUAUGUAGCUGACCUGAUGAUAGCAACGACCACCAAGGACUCUUGUUUAUCUUAUCUUGGACAGUAAGCCUUUUAAACUUUUUGGGACUAAGUGGGUAUAAGGUAUUAAAACAAAAGGCACAGAUUUUGCAACAAGAAGUAACAUAUCUCCGGUAUGAGAUAUCGGGGGGACAACGCAAACUAGGGAUGAAAAGGAAAAAGCCCAUCUAUAAUACCCCCCUACCACACACUGCCAAGGAACUGAGAACUUUCCUGGGAGUGACGGGCUGGUGUCGGCUGUGGAUACUUAAUUAUGGCAUCUUAGUCAAACCCCUCUAUCAGAUGAUAAAGGACAAUCCAAAACCUCUGAUAUGGACCAAGGAAGGUAAGCGGGCUUUUCAGACCUUGAAGGAAGAACUAUUAGGGACCCCAGCUCUGGGCCUGCCCGACAUCUCCAAGCUGUUCUUGCUUUUCUCACGUGAGAGGCAGGGGGUGGCUUUGGGAGUGCUGGCACAAAACGUUGGCCCCUAUAGAAGGGCUGUGGCUUACUUCUCAAAACAGCUGGAUGAAGUAAGUAAAGGAUGGCCGAGCUGUUUAAGCGCAGUAUCGGCCGUGGUUAUCAACAUUCAAGAAGCUCGUAAAUUCACCUUGGGUCAGAAAAUGACUGUGUUUGUAUCUAUCUCAUCUCAUACAGUAGCUGCUGUACUGGAACAGAAAGGGAGCCACUGGUUAUCAUCUCCCUCAAGGUUCCUCAAAUACCAAGCCAUCCUAGUGGAGCAGGAUGAUGUGGAGAUCCUCAACACUAACCUAAUCAAUCCUGCAGCAUUUCUGUCAUCAGACCAGGAGGAUUCAGAAACCCUCCACCACGACUGUCUGGAAGUGAUUGAAAGCACAUAUUCCAGCAGGCAUGACUUGAAAGAAGAACCCCUCCCCGAUGCCGAAUCCUGGUAUACAGGUGGUAGCAGUUUUGUGAAGAACGGAGAACGUAAGUCUGGAUAUGCAAUAACCGCUCGUGACUCUGUCAUAGAAUCAAAGCCAUUACCGCCUGGGACUUCAGCUCAAAAAGCAGAAAUUAUCGCAGUCAUCAGAGCAUUGCAGAAAGCUCGAGGAAAACGAAUCAACGUAUGGACAGAUUCUAAAUAUGCCUUCGAAGUGGUGCAUGCUCAUGGGGCAGUAUGGAAAGAAAGAGGAUUAUUAACCUCCCAAGGCAAGCAGAUAAAAUAUUCUAAGGAGAUCUUAGAGCUAUUAGAGGCCAUCAGACUACCCCAAGAGGUAGCCAUAAUGCACUGCAAAGGACACCAGAAAGGAGAAACAGAACAAGAAAGGGGAAACAGGUUGGCUGAUCAGGAGGCGAAAAGGGUGGCAGAACAAGGACAAGGUACGGUAACCAUACAACCCCUCAUUCCUGAAGAACUAAGGUGGCUCCAAAGCGUCAGGAGAAUCCUCCACUUGAGCAGAAAUGGACCUCCAAAUGUACUGGACCAGCAAAGCUGCAAUUUCGGAAAUCAUUAGUGUGAUCUUCUACGUCACAGCUGGACAGACAGACAACUGCAUCACCCAUCAAGAUCUAAAUGAUGUCCCUGACCCUGAAGACUGGACUAGGAAUGGGUACUCAGGUAACGUAGGUCUGGAUAUCACAGAUGAAAUAAGUAAGGUAUACACAGAUUUAAAAAUUGAUAGCCAAAUUAGGAGAGACUGGGGAAAUUCAGGACGAAUCCAAUCUUUUGUAAUACAAGAAAACAGUUCAGUUAGUAUGGCAUGUAAGUUUAAAGUGAAGCAGAAGUACCAAACCACUGUAGCGAUGGUUGGCAUUUAUAUAUACAAUUUGGAAGAGCCACAACAGUGUGUAUACUCGGCAGCAUGUGUGUUUUAUCAAGGUUACUGUCAGGCAGAGGUUCAACUUAAUGCUAGUUCAAUUAUUCUGUGCAUAGGAAUUAUACAUGAUGGAAGGAGAUUGACAAAAUCAUACCGACAAGUGACUCUAAUUUCAAAUAGAUAUGACCACCACAUAUAUAAUAUAGAAUCAAGCACUCUCCUCAAUCCUCCCCCCGCCUCUGAUAGUUAAACAUUCAAGAGAAGAGGAGGAUGAGAUCCCUUGUCACAGAGGGGAAUGUGUGAACGCUCCUGAUAGACGGUGUAUACCUGGAAACCAACCUGACGACAUAUCAAUAAGGAGCUCAGAUAGAUGGGAGGAACUAACUUGGUUAGGCUUAACUGACACUACUUCAAAUUUCACGGGCCUUACGGAUUGUUAUGCAGAAGGGAUAAAUCAAAGUGAGAUAGAAAUUACCUGUAAGAACAAUUCGUCCUAUUUGCUUGUAAAUGAUGGAAGGAGUAUCAUGGCGAUUGUAAAAUGUACAAGGCUAAAUUGUAAAUUUAGCAGACAACUUAACCACUUAUUACAAGUCAUAUGCAUAAGGAAUAACACUGUAUUUGAUUAUUGGGUAGUAGUACAAACGUUAUCUACCACCCCAAAACCAACCACUACGGUUACUGCACCCAGUCCAACCACCAUCCCUCUGUUUGAACCAGCUAACUGGGCUAUAAAAUACCACAACCUCUCAUUCGCAGGUCCUUAUGAGGUGAGACAAUCCAACGAGCAGAAAUUAUUUCUGGAUCCCACAUAUUCUUUAAAGAAGGUACAGGUGAAAGUGCAAGCUGAUAUAUAUCUCAGAUAAAAUCAGAAUGCUUACCUUUCGUCUCACAAAGUCUUAAAGGAUGGAAAGCAUGGUUACAUUCCAGAGCUCACCACUCGAGGAAACAGAAGGAUUUAACAGGAUGGUUUGGGUCUGGGUUAGGAGUUUUAAACUCCAUUGAUCAAGAGGUACUGAUUAAUAAAUUAAGUACAGUCACCUCUGAUUUGGGAAAGCUUGAGGUACCAUUAAGGUCAUCCCUAAUUACUCUAGCUGAAUCUCAGCGAUUAACUGCUGACCUCAUCUCCUUACUAUCCAACCAUACUAGCAAGGAUUUCCAAGCAGUAGCAACUUCCGUAGAAGGACUACAAGGAAAUGUCUCUAUUGCCAUUCAACGUGUGCAGACCCAGCUUUGGAUACAAUCUGUGGUUUCUGAUAUAAUCAGGGAAGGGAUGUCAGGAAACUUACCACAAGAAAUUAGAGAAAUUAUCGCUAAGAUUGAUACUACCACCUCAUUCGAAUUAAAACAUCAGGCUUGGUGGCAACUAGUUAAUUUCACCUACGAUGACACGAAGGAACAAAUUGAAGCCUAUGUAUUCACAAUUCAAAAGGCAGAGGUGUGGGAUAUUUUCCCUAUUUUAGCAUUAGGGGCAAUCCAUCAAGAUGUAGUAGUCAGACCAAUAGGACACAAUGUUUGGGCAAAAUAUAGCAAUAAUACAGGGAAACGGCAGACUAUUAGUACUGAAGCCUGCAUCCCAAAGGAACAACUAGGAUAUCUUUGUGAAAAUGCGGUAAUUGAAAACAAAGAUCUGUGCUUAGAGACAGAGGACAGUACAUGUACUUUUGGGUUGCUUCCCUCGGGACAUGCUCAAUCACAUGUAGGGAAAGCGUGUGCCUGUAUAAGGACUAGUUGUGCUAAUGUUAGUAUUGAUACUUGUGAAGAAGAAACAAAUGGAACUAACUUUUGUGUUUGUAAUUUUACCAAAAUACGAGGUUGUGAUUUUAACUAUUCUGUUCCUAUAACCACCUCUCAGUUGAUCUCUGACAGUUAGAUGCUGUACAAGGAUGUACCUAAACUACAGAUCGGAAUGGACAUUAAGGUCCUUAAGAAAAUGCUUCCCCACCCAGACACUGAACCACUGUUAAAGAAGGUGAAAGAAACUUCUAAUCGAACAUUAUGGCAAGUCCAGCACGAUACUCUGGAAAUAAAGAACAUCAUCACAACCAUCGAGAAAACCAGGGAACAUCACUGGUGGGACAUUUUUCUAAACACAUCAUUAAAAUCUCUGACCGCU